CAUCGUCUCUGUCUUCUCCUCUAUAGAAGCAGCAAUUAAAAAUGAGUCGAGACUCCAACUAUGACCACCAUAUCUCCAUCUUUUCGCCGCAGGGGCGUCUGUAUCAGAUGGAGUAUUGUUUCAAGGCGGCUCAAUCAGGUCUGACUGUAGUCGCAGUCCGCGGCAAGGACUCCGCUUGUGUCGUUACGCAGAAGAAGGUCCCUGACCGACUGAUGGAUCCCAAAUCGGUCACACACAUCUUCAGACUUUCCCACAAAGUCGGCUGCUGUGUUACCGGAACCAUGGCAGACUGCAAGGCCUAUAUUCAACGCGCUCGCUAUGAAGCUGGACAAUGGUCCUUCGACAACGGCUACUCCACGCCCGUGGCGGUUUUGGCCAAGCGCAUGGCGGAUCUGGCGCAAAUCAACACGCAAACGGCUUCGAUGCGGCCUUUGGCCGUCAUUGCGCUUUUCAUUGGUGUGGAUGACGAGAAAGGUCCCGUAGUUUAUAAGGUAGACUGUGCCGGGCACUAUUUGCCCUUUUUCGCCACCGCUGCGGGACCCAAGGAACAAGAAGCAAUGAACUUUUUGGAAAAACGAGCCAAUGAUCUAAAAGAGAUGGACACGGAUCAAACCGUGCGGACGGCGAUUACUUGUUUGGGACAUGUUUUGGGAAGCGACUUUCGUGGCAGCGAAAUUGAGGUGGCGCAAGUUGUCGGCAUCCAAGGAAAGUUUCAGGUAUUGUCGGAAGAUCAAAUUGAAACUCAUCUGAACGCCAUUGCGGACGAUGCGGAUGCGUAAAACCAAAAUCUAAGACCUAUUGCACUACG